CGGGGCCCGCCCCCUCCGCCUGGGUCUGGGGCCCAUAGUGAGACGGCGGCCGGGGUGGGGGCGCCCGGCACGGGGGCGGGGCGGCGGGGUCGAGUGACGUCCCGUCUCACCUAUUCCGGCGCGGGUUGAGGGCGCGCGCGCGGCGCGCUCUGGCGACGGGAGGAGUGGCAGCGGCUGAGUAACGUAGCUCCGCGAGGUUCCCGUGCGCCUCGGCCCGCAGCUUCCACAAGCGUCCCUCGCGCCACCAAGAUGCCCAAGAGGAAGGUCAGCGCAGCCGAAGGGGCAGCGAAGGAGGAGCCCAAGAGGAGAUCGGCGAGAUUGUCUGCUAAACCUGCUCCUGCAAAAGUGGAAACGAAGCCAAAAAAGGCAGCGGGAAAGGAUAAAUCUGUGGACAAAAAAGUGCAACCAAAAGGGAAGAGGGGAGCGAAGGGAAAACAGGCUGAGGCGGCUCACCAGGAGGCCAAGGAGGAUCUCCCUGCGGAGAACGGAGAGGCGAAGAACGCAGAGAGUGCAGCCUCUGAUGAAGCAGAAGAGAAAGAAGCCAAGUCUGAUUAACCACCCCAUGUCGUCUUCUCAGUGGUCCCUGGCUCCCUUCUUGUACAAUCCAGAGGAAUAUUUUUAUCAACUAUUUUGUAAAUGCAAGUUUUUUAGUAGCUCUAGAAACAUUUUUAAAAAGGAGGGAAUCUCACCUCAUCGCAUUUUUUAAGUGUAAAUGAUUUUUUUUAGAGGUGAAAUCAUUCGCUGGUUGUUUAUUUUUGGGUACAACCAGAAAAUAGUGGGAUACUGAAUUAUGGCAGGCUUUGGCUGUCUUGGGUGUCAGCUUAACAUUCCACAGGUGGGGGUUAGUUUUAUAUCCUGCAAUACAAAGCGUACUAAAUGGCAAUUUGGCGUCACAGUCAUGCAUUUAAUAUGUCUUGGAUAUUUUAAAUGACUUUUAUUCCCAUGCUGUUUUUAGUAGAAUUGUUUCCUAAAGAAAACUACUUCCUGAUUGUGGCCAUGUCAGAAUCGUGUGCACCUCGUCACAUCUUUGGUCGUGGUAGUCCAGUUUGCCUGAUGUUGUUAAUGUGCUGUGAAAGGUUGAAAAUUUGAGUAUGUUGGUGUAUGUGGCACGAAAUUGUGAGUCAGUGGGACAUAAGUGACACUUCAUCAGCAUUGGAAGAUACUGGUACUGAGUCCUCUUACUGAAAAGCUGCCUCCAAAUUUGAAGCUGGAAAGUCACUGGAAUAACUGAAAAAGAAACAAUACCUGGCUCUGUAGACUUUUGGGUACGUGUGUUAAGAGUUGUGUACAAAGUGAAAUGUCUGUAUUGAUCCUCAACACAACCAAUAAAAUCUCAAAUAUGGAAGACAA